UAAUAUUAAAUGUACUCAAGAUUAAAAGGCAUAGAGGAGGCGGGUCUAGAGGAGGUAGCCAGGAAGCUGUUUCUCAGAAUUGUCCUACCCAUGAAACUUCAGUUCUACAUAACAGGAAUAGCAAAUGUCACAAGUCUUAAUCUGCAUUACUAAGAGAGCAGUUACAGUAAAACUUCAGAUUGAAGACUGCUGAUUGCUGAUAUUGGUGCAUCUACCAGGAAAUAUUGCAAAAAUAUGAGCACAUCCACAAUCGGUGUGCCACUUACUAGGGUGGUGGUUAUGGGAGGGACCCAUGGCAAUGAGAUGUCUGGAGUCUGCUUGGUGAAAAAAUGGAUCAAAGAUUCCUCUGAACUAUGUAGAGAAACAUUUAAGGCGGAGCCCUUUCUAGCCAACCCACGUGCUGUAGAAAGAUGUGUUCGUUUUAUAGAUCAAGACCUCAAUCGCUCCUUCUCUAUGGAAAAGCUAAGUGCCUCUGAGUGUGAAAAUGACCCUUAUGAGAUAAAACGAGCAAGAGAAAUUUAUCAGCGAUAUGGACUUAACCUUUCGUCUGCUGAUUUUAUUUUUGACCUCCACAAUACAACUUCUAACAUGGGGACCACGUUACUAUACUGCAAACUGGAUGAUUACCUUGCUUUGCAUAUGGCAAGGUAUUUACAAAUUAACUGUGAUGACGCUUCCCUCCCAUGCCGCAUCUUCUUCAUAGACAUUCCAGAAAAGGAUAAUGUUUAUCUACAGAAUAUUGCAAAACACUCAUUAACAUUAGAGCUAGGACCACAACCUCAAGGAGUUACAAGAGCAGAUAUAUUAAUAAGGAUGAAGAACCUUGUCAACUGUGGUUUAGAUUUUAUUGACGUCUUCAAUCAGGGUAAAGAAUUUCCCAGUUUUGAAACUGAAAUAUACAGAGUAGCAUCUAAAAUGCAUUACCCCCGAGGUGCUGAUGGAGAGAUUCAGGCUUUUAUUCAUCCAAAGCUGCAGGACAACGAUUAUCUUCCUUUGAAUCCUGGAGAUCCAAUGUUCAAAACCAUACAAGGAGAGGAUAUAUUCUAUGAAGGAGAGAAAACUAUAUACCCAGCCUUUAUCAACGAAGCGGCUUAUUACGGAAACAACGUGGCUUUUGUAGUAACUGAAAAAGUCCACUUUACUGUCCCAACACUAAGACUGAAACAUUAGAAAGAAUGUUCUUGCAACCAAAAUAUACCUAAUGAAGUCCAUUAAGCAAUAAUCUUUUUCCUUAUUAUGAAAUACUGAUGAACCAAAUAAUUGACUCUCUUGCAUGCAGUAAAAUGAACAUUUUUACAAAUAUGAAUUAAUUACUAUUGAACAA